UUUUAAAGCGUAAUUCACUCUUUAUUUAUCAUAAUAGCUCUUAAAAUAAUUUAAUAUUGUAUUAUAGGGUCAUAAUAUGAACACCACUUUGGAUUAUAACUGUACAGUUAAUAAUAAUAACUCGUUGAAAUUAACCCACUUUCCGACUCCAUCUCCAGAAAAUAAUUACUGGUCAGAUAUAAGUGACGAAGACACAAGUUCAGAUACAUCUGUAAAUAAUCCACAACGUAACAAUAAUUAUCCUUUAAUACGUCAGGAUUUGAAUUGUUAUCCGACCCCACCGCAAGAUUAUAACUAUAAUCCGUACCUUACUCAAAAUAACAGUCUCGAUCAAGCAAGGCCACGACGUUUAUCAAACGAAGAACUUUUCGCAGAUUCUGAAGAAUUUAUUCAAAAAGAACAGGCCGAAAGUGUAUCUAAAUUGCUUAAUAAUUGGAUAGAUACGAAUCCUGGCAUGAUGGAAGUCUUAGAAAACGAGUUACAGGUUAACUAA